UCUCAAGAAUUUCUUUUUUCUCUUGCAGAAGAGACCCUUUGCCAGGUGUGGCAUGAAGAGGUGCCAUGCAGGAGAGGGGAGAAGAGUUCCAGAGGGCAAGCAGGUUUGCUGCUACCAGUGUGAUGCUUGUCCAGAAGGGACCUUUUCUAAUCAGACAGAUGCAGCUCACUGUGAACCCUGCCCAGAAGACCAAUUUCCCAACAAGGACAAGGACCAAUGCAUUGCCAAGAAGAUCCACUUCCUUGCCUAUCAAGACACCCUGGGAUACACUUUAGUUUCUCUCACUCUUUUUCUCUCUGUGAGCACAUCUGCAGUCCUGGUGAUUUUCUAUAAACAUCAUGACACACCGAUUGUUAAGGCCAACAACCGAGAUCUCACCUACAUCCUGCUGGUCUCCCUCCUGCUCUGCUUCCUCUGCUCCUUCCUCUUCAUUGGUCAACCAGGGAAGAUCACUUGUCUUAUUCAACAAUCUGCCUUUGCCAUUCUCUUUUCCCUUGCAGUUUCCUCUGUGUUGGCAAAAACUGUCAUGGUGGUUCUGGCUUUCAUGGCCACCAAACCAGGAAACAAGACAAGGAAACUCUUAGGAAAACCACUGACCAACUCCAUUGUCUUAGCCUGUCCCCUGGUCCAAGCAGUCCUUUGUGCCACCUGGCUGAUAACCUCUCCCCCAUUUCCUAACUUGGAUUUUCAGUCACUGAUUGGAGAGGCCAUCUUGGAAUGUAAUGAAGGCUCAACUUCAAUGUUUUACGCUGUCCUUGCCUAUCUAGGUUUUUUGGCCCUCAUCAGUUUCACAGUGGCAUUUCUUGCUAGGAAAUUGCCUGAUAGUUUUAAUGAAGCCAAGUUCAUUACUUUUAGCAUGCUGGUCUUUUGCAGUGUUUGGAUCACCUUCCUCCCCACCUACCUGAGCACCAAAGGGAAGUCCAUGGUGGCUGUGGAGAUCUUCUCCAUUUUGGCCUCUGGAGCUGCUCUCUUAGCUUGUAUCUUUUUUCCCAAAUGCUACAUUAUCCUACUGAGACCUGAGCUGAAUUGUAGAGGAAAUAUAAUCAGAAACAAGAACUUCUAAAUAAUGCAAACAUAGACAGCAUUUAUAUUUGAGGCAUGUUUAGAAUGUGAUAAAUUUUCUAAAAGAUGAUAACAUGAGGGAUGAAUUUGUCAUUUAAUGGAAUUUUUUUUAAGGUUAAGGUUGUAAAGAAAAUUCUCCCUGGGUGAUGUCCACAAAUGCAAGGUGCCACUGCAUUGGAGGCUACACAGAAGCCCUUAUGAGUUAAGAUCCAGACAAAGAGCCUUUACACACAGAAAGAGGUUGAAACUGGCCAAGGGUGAUAGUCAUUCAGAUAAGAAUUCCUUUCAGGAUUCAGAGAUUCCACCUCUUAAUUAACAAAAGAUCCCUUUCUCUGACUGCCACCUCCAGCCUUAAUAUUAAUUAUGCAGGAAGCUAGUUGAUAGGGUAAAUAAGUAGAAAAAAACCCCACAAGUUUAGCCAAUGAAUGCCCCCUUCUGGCCAUCCAGCUAAUUGCAGCUCCUAAUAAUUCCCAGAGGGUGGGCUCUGUUCCUGGGAGGAACAAAAGAAAGGUAUAAAGGUAAAUAUUUGACAACUGUUUCAUUGCAAUCUGUACUUAAGCUCUCAAAUAAACGAUGCCUCUUUUCC